CGAGAACCGUGGGGACGGCCUGUGUCGCUGUCCUUCUCGCCGAUUUACCAAAGAGCCAACCUUAAUCCGAGUGGUUCUUUUCGAAAUCCCGUGGAUGUUACGGUUUAAAUGACCAUUUCGCCUUUAUACUGAGGGAGCUGCACGUGCAUCUCUUGCACGGCGGCCUCCCAUUGUUAUGAACAAUCCGCUAAGAAGUGCAUGUGGCGAUCGUCAUGUUGUGCACGCGCCCGGCCUUUCUCGUUUCUUGCAGAGCAUAAAUUAUUAGGAAACAUUAAAAAUGUAGCUAAAACAGCUAAUAAGGAUCAUUUGGUUACAGCCUAUAACCAUCUUUUUGAAACUAAGCGUUUCAAAGGUACUGAAAGUGUAAGCAAAGUGACCGAGCAAGUGAAAAAUGUGAAGCUUAAUGAAGAAAAGCCCAAGGAAACCAAGACUGAAGAGACACUGGAUGAGGGUCCACCAAAAUACACAAAAUCUAUUCUGAAAAAGGGAGAUAAAACCAACUUUCCCAAAAAGGGAGAUGUUGUUCACUGCUGGUACACAGGAACGCUACAGGAUGGGACAGUUUUUGAUACUAAUAUUCAAACAAGUUCAAAGAAGAAGAAAAAUGCCAAGCCCUUAAGUUUUAAGGUUGGAGUGGGCAAAGUUAUCAGAGGAUGGGAUGAAGCACUUUUGACUAUGAGUAAAGGUGAAAAAGCUCGACUUGAGAUUGAACCAGAAUGGGCUUACGGAAAGAAAGGCCAGCCUGAUGCUAAAAUUCCACCAAAUGCAAAACUAAUUUUUGAAGUAGAAUUAGUGGAUAUUGAUUGAAGCAGCAGUAUUUCAGAUCUGAAGACAUCAAAGC